AGGUGGAGAAUUUAAAUGCUUGUAUCCCUGUCACUAUAGUCUCUCUGUCUGUUUUCAAGAUUGACCACAAUGAGUUCAACACAAGACUCAACUUUAAAAACCAGCCUUCCUGCAUUCCUGGAAUGCCAUUUCACCUGGGGUCUGGAUAAAAAUGAUAUAGAUCUCACUGAUCUUCUGAACCGUUUAGAAGAAGACCUUAACCUGAAUACUGAAAGCAAGGCACGAAUUGCGCAGACAUGCCGCAAUAUGGGAUUUGUGAAGUUUCUACUAGGCUCCAAUACUGAGGCGCUCAGCUACUUUGAGAGAUCUGUAGAGCUCACGAAGUCUCAUGGAAAUGAUUGUGACAAGCUGCUUGUUGUUGUCUAUGGAGACCUUGCAUGGUUAUACUAUCAUAUGGGUAAUUUUGCAGAGUGUAAAAGCUACCUGAAUAAACUGAGCGAGAUUAACGAGAAAUAUCCAACCGUCCCAUAUGCUGAGGUGCUUGGAGAGAAGGGAUGGACCUUCCUUAAGUUUUCUCGCAAAUAUUAUGAAAGGGCUAAAGAAUGCUUCAAGAAGGCCUUAGAGCUGGAGCCAGAUGAGGGUGAAUGGAAUGCUGGCCUUGCGAUUGUUCUUUAUCGGACAGAGAAUUUCUUCCAGAAUUCAGCGGAUUCAACUAUAGUUGAUCAACUUAGACGGGCCGUAGCCACUAAUCCAGAUGAUGAUGUUCUUAAAGUUCUGCUUGGUCUGAGAUUGGUUCGUCACAAGGAGUACAGUGAGGCAGAGAGCCUAGUGGAGCAAGCUUUAGAGAGUUCUCCAGAACACCCACAUGUGAUUCGAUAUGUUGGGAUGUUUUUUCGGAAUCAAGGCUCUGUGGACAGGUCCAUUGACCUUCUAAAGAGAGCAUUAGAGAAAGUGUCCAACUCAGCCUUCAUACACCAUCAGCUGGGGCUCUGCUAUAAGAAGAAGAUCAAAGGAGCAGAAAGCUACCAUGAAAUUAAGCAAGCUCGUGAGCAGUGUAUCUACCACUUGAAAAUGGCAAUUGAAUUAAAGCCCAACUUCAUCACUGCUAUGACUCAUCUGGCCCUUCAGUAUGGGGAGAACCAGGAUAUGUCGAGAGCAGAAGAAAUGUUUCAGAAUGCAUUUCACAAAGCUACAGAAAUAAAUGAUAACUACCAGUCUGUUCUUAUGUAUUAUGCAAAAUUCCAGGAGACCUGUUUGAGAUGGGAAUCUGCUGCCAUCAAAAAUUACAUUACAUGCCUGAAGAUAAAUCCAAAACAAUUUGAAGGGAAGAAAAGUGCUGAACAUCUGGAAAGGAUUGCAAAGAAAAGAAUCUGGAAUAAUGCAAUGGAUGGAGAGGCCUUUGGAAUACUUGGAAUCGUUUAUAAGGAAAAAGGAGAAAAACAAAAAGCCAUAGAGUGCUUUGAGACAGCGCUGAGCUUUGUACACAAUGAGGAUUACCUCAGGGAUCUUUGCGAACUUAGAAAUUCAUUACAGUAAUAUUACCAACAUGCAAUAUAUAACAUAAUUAUUUACAUAUUCAUGGGUUUUAAUGGUAACAGCAUAGUAUCUGUAUUAAUAUAUGACCUGCAGAUAAAACAUUAUAUUUAAGUUUACAUUAAGAAACACUAAGCGGCCUACAAACAUGGCUACUAACUUCAUCACCCAAACUACAGAGCUGCCACUGAAGACUACAGUCAACCAUCUUUCAUGUUUGCAUUCGCUUUCAUUCUGAUGGAACAGUAUAGAAGGACACUCAUUCCUCCAGUUCAUUGUGAAGGUCAUGUUCAGUGUCAUGUCCCUGUAGAUACUGUGGCUUAUGUUUGCUAGUUCAUGUGUUUCUGGUUCCUGGUGUUUGUUUUUUGCUUAAGUAUCCUGACUUCUGCUUGUAAGUAUAUGCUUAUAAGUAUUUUCUUAUGAAACUUUGUCCUGAAUUUUAUUUUGAAAGGCAUUGCAUUUGCAUUUUAAUAAAUGAAUUUUAAUAAAUAACAAACAAGUGUCAACGGAAAACAACACUCACACCUUUAUAGUAAGUGACUGAAACAAAGACAUUUAGUUCAAACAUUCAAUUGAGAAUGUGGUUUGUAAGAAAAAUUGCUGCCUAUAUUCCACCAAUAUAUUCUUCUCACCCCUGCUAGAAGAAUCAUACCAGUUUGCCCAGCACUUCCUGUGUUUUUGCAGCCGGAUGCCAGUUUGCUUAAGCUGGAUUUUGGCUGGAUUUAAUAGCUCCAACUCCCAUAUUCAUACCGUAUCUCCCCCAUGUUCCAUGUCUCUCUCUUCAAGUUUGGUGAAGUCCUAUGGCAAAUAAAAUAUUUUUCAAUUACAUUUUAUUGUAAAUGAAAUAUUUCAUUAGGAGGGCAUUAGUGGCUCAGUGGUAGGGUUCAAUUCCUAGCCAAUGCCCAAACCCCAGCCACUGGAUGCAGUGCUGGUCCCAAGCCCGAAUAAAAUAGGAGGGUUGUGUCAGGAAGGGCAUCCGGUGUAAAACCUGUGCCAAGUUGUUGUGUGGACCAGUUGGUC